CUGUGUGAUUUUAGGAUUGAUGGUGUCUACGAGGAAAGGGAGGAAGAGGGAGACGGGGGAGGGAAAAGAGCUAUAGGAAAAUAGCAAAAUACAUCAACUGUCAUGCGCGAUAUCGAGUAGUUCAAUUAGUUUGCAAAAGAGAACUUAGGGCAUGACAAACCAAAACACAACCUUAUCACAGAUAAACCCAACAGCCACCUGAGUCGAGUUAAAAUUUAACCAUAGUUAAAGUCUCAACCAAUUAGAAAAAAAAAAAAAGCAUUUAGUUUUAAUUCAUGAUGGAUUCAAAGAGGCACAAAAAUCUUCCAAAAGACAAGCAAAACCCAUACCCUCCACAUUUUUCUAAGACCUUUUUAUUUUUCAUUGAAUUUUUUUUGAAACUUUCAUAUUUUUCUUUUGAGAUAAAAUUAGAUUAGAAAAAUUACCCCUUAAAAAUUGGGAAAUUUUUGUAAUUGAGAAAGAAAAUAGCGGCAAACAUUGAAAAACCUUAAACCAACGUUAAUGGCGGUCCUUCAUAUCCAUGUUCAUGGUGUAUUUUGAUUCAAAUAUACUUGUUUACGAAGUAUAGUUUACUUCUUUUUCGCCAGGGUUAUGCUGUUUAAUUGAGAUUCGGAAGAUUUGGAUGAUACUUUUGCAUAUUCAUUGAGUGUACAUUGAUAAGGGUGAAAAGAAUUGGCAUGGAGUGCAAUAAAGAUGAUGCAAUCAAGGCAAGAGAGAUUGCGGAGAGGAAGUUUGAUGCCAAGGACUUACCGGGGGCCAAGAAAUUUGCGCUCAAGGCACAAAAUUUGUAUCCUGGUCUUGAGGGGAUUUCGCAGAUGUUGGCAACUCUUGAUGUGUAUGCCGCUGCAGAAGAUCCAGUGCUAGGGGAGGCAGAUUUUUAUGGUGUGCUUGGUGUGACCCCUAAAUCAGACGAUGAUACGAUAAGGAAGCAAUAUAGAAAGCUUGCUCUUAUGCUCCAUCCUGACAAAAACAAGUCUAUUGGAGCAGAAGGGGCUUUUAAGCUAAUUUCAGAAGCCUGGAGCUUGUUAUCUGACAGAAACAGGAGAGCUGCCUAUGAUUCAAGAAGGAACAUUAGGGGUUUUUCGCAGAAGACUAAACCUCCUUCUCAGAGUUCAUCUGUGCCGCCUGGUGCUAAUGGUUUUUACAACUUUGCUAAAGCUACCAUGUCUAAUCCCAAAGUUAAUAAAAAUGCCUCCCCAUCAAAUGGCUCUUCUGUUCCUGGUUCAUCUAAGAAGGCAAAUCAGAAUUCUUUCUGGACUGUUUGCCAUAGAUGUAAGAUGCAGUAUGAAUACCUUAGAUGUUAUCUUAAUCACAAUUUGCGCUGCCCUAAUUGCCGCAAGCCAUUUUUCGCCAUAGAGACACCCCCACCUGUUUCAAAUGGUUCUGAAUCGUCAAAACCACGGGAAGAUUUCCAACACUGGCAAAACUCUCAGCAGGAAGCGAGAAACAAAAGUAGUCAUAAUGCUGGGCAUAACACAGAUAACUCACAGUGGACUCCAUUCUCAGGAGCAGCUGGUGUUUCAUCUGUUUCUCAAGCUGCAAAUGUGGUUCAACAGACAUAUGAGAAGGUUAAAAGAGUGCGUGAGGAAGCACAAGCUGCCAGAAAACGAGAAAAGGCUAAAAGGAAAAACGAUGCUUCUGGAGAAAUGAUCGGUUCCUCUAGCGAGAAAAAGAAAAGAGUGAGUGAUGAUAGCAAUAUGAACAAUGAUCAUAUGGGCCUUGGAGGUGCUGGAGUUGGCAUAUCAAGCACAAUCCCAGCUCCCAGGCACAGUGGUACUAGGUGGUCUGGGUCAGUUUAUGCAAAUAGAAUCGGUGAACUCAACCGUACUAGGGAGCUAUCCCAGAGCGAAUUGCGUAGCAUAUUGAUGCAUAAGGCUAGGAAAGAAAUUCUUACAAAAAUAGCUGAAUGGAAUUCUGCUAGUAUGUUAAACAAUGCUGCUCAAAAGGAGAUAGCAACUAAGAAAUCUCAUGACAAGGACAAUAGGCAGGAAAAUGUGGUGAUAAAUGGCAACUUGGGAAUGAAGUCUAGUAAAUCAGCAGACUCUGGCUUAGUUUCUGAGGAUAAUUCCCUGUUAAGUGUGACUCAAGAUCGGUUAUCAAUUCCUGUUCCUGAUCCAGAAUUCUAUGAUUUUGACAAGGAUAGGACUGAAAGGGCCUUUGGAGAGAAUCAAGUAUGGGCUGUAUAUGACAAUGAUGAUGGCAUGCCCAGAUUUUAUGCUAUGGUUCAAAGUGUAAUAUCUCGGGAUCCAUUUAGGAUACGGAUCAGUUGGUUAAACUCAACCACAAAUACAGAACUUGGUCCUUUAAAUUGGGUUGGUUCAGGUUUCUCAAAAACAUGUGGAGACUUCCGAGUAGGCCGGCAUGAGAAAAAUGAUGGUCUGAAUUGUUUUUCACAUAAAGUUAGAUGGACAAAAGGUUCACGUGGAGCUAUUUGUAUCUUUCCAAGGAAGGGAGAUGUGUGCGCACUGUAUAGGAAUUGGUCUCCAGACUGGAAUGAACUCACUGAUGAUGAGGUUAUACACAAGUAUGACAUGGUGGAAGUACUAGAAGAUUAUGAUGAGGAGCUUGGAGUUGUUGUAAUACCACUUGUCAAAGUUGCUGGCUUCAAGGCUGUUUUUCAUCAUCACUUGGACUCAAAACAAGUGAGGAGGAUCCCCAAGGAGGAGAUCUUUCGGUUUUCUUAUCAGCUUCCUUCUCACUUGCUUUCAGGUCAUGAAUCUCCUAAUGCUCCAAAGGGUUGCCGGGAGUUGGACCCGGCAGCUCUUCCACCUGAAUUUCUUCAAGUGAUAGCUGAUGCAAAGGAUAUAGAUAUAGUGGAAAAUCAGGCGACUGAGAGGGUGGACAUUGUAGAUGAUGAUGAUGAAAAACCACGUGAUAGAGGCAUGCGAAAUACUGCAGAAACAAAGGAUCAUCUUCCGCCAAUACGAAAGCGCAAAAGGAAGCCAGCAGCCCAGCACUGUAAAAGAUUUCGUAGUUACUCAACUGAAGUAUGACAGUGCAGAACAUUCAAGACGAUUCAAUUUCUUGACUUUCCUGUGGAAAGCUAUCUGAAUUUGAAGUUAUUCCAGAAAAUUUGUUCAGGACCUAUCAAUAAUACAAUCUUGUUGAGCCUUGGUCAUCAUGCUAAAUAUUGCACCCCUGUACUUUCAGGCUUUCAGCAAGCGAGUGAAGAACCGCUACUUGGUUGCAAUUUGAAACAGAAACAAUGAGGACUGAUGUAUAUUCACAGGUUUCAGCCCAAUGACAGACAGCUUGGCUCAUUUGUCGAGUUUAUUUGGCAACAAGUGAGUUGGGGGCUCCUCGAGUUCAUGUAAUAUACGCUACAAGGCCUUUAAAUAUACAAGUCACACCUCAAUUAGGCUUAGCCACAGUUGUUCUCACUACAAUUGUUGUAGCUUAGGAUUUUUUUAUUUUUUUUUAGACACUAGUCUGUGUUCUUAGUUUAUACUGAAGUGGUUUUAUAAAGAUCAUCUGCUGAAGCAAAACAAACUUUACAUUGUGAUCUCAAGUCUACCCUUGGUUCUUAUUCAUAAACACUUGGGCGCGGUUA